CGGGGAGACAGCUGAAAGAAUCUGAAGUUAGCAACGCUGACUAGCUACCUAGCUUUGACACCCACUACCCUUUCAUGGUUUAAAUGGUUAACAGCCUAGUGAUCCUGUAGAUUGUUAGAAGUUUUUGCCAUAACCUGGUCAAAUGGUUCAUGAGUGUGUGUGCAACCAUGGGUGACAUGAAAACCCCUGAUUUUGAUGAUCUCCUGGCUGCCUUUGACAUCCCAGAUGCUACAGGCUUGGAUGCCAAGGAGCCCAUCCAGGAGGGAAAUGAUGACAAACAUCCCAACGACGCAUUAUUGAGUAAUCAAGCAGAUAUUCCUACUGUGAGUGUGAUUGUGAAAAACACACAUCAUCAGGAGCCGUUGGAAGGUUUUGGGAAUGGGCUUCACUCAUCUUUGCCGGCUUUGCAUAAUGGAUUUAAUGCACAGGGUUCUGGCAACACGUCUAAUGGUGGCUUUCCCAAAUCAUUUGUUUCCUCUCUGAAUGGGGAGUUUUCAAGCGAGUUUCUGGGAAAGGCGCCGAUACAACACAAGCCUGAUGCAACGCCGAUGUUUUCUCAGUCACUCUCCCACUCCAGUCCCACAUCAAGUCCUGAGUGUGAAGACGGUUUAUCAAGAAGAGACAAUAUGCACCCAAAACAAGAGCAAUCGUGUUUGCCAGAAGCUUCCAUUAUGUUGGAACCUUCAGUUGCAGACAAUCCAAAAAAGGCUGAUAUUUGUGUUUUUGAUGAUUUCCAGAAGGACAAUGACUCUCCAAGAAGUGAGGAACCACAUGACAGUGGUGCCAGUCAUAAAAUGACAAGAACACACAUUGGACUUCCCCCUCUAAGCAAUAACAAGUCCAACUGCAAAGCAGAAACCCUAGUGGGCUCAUUUUCAAACAUCAAACCAUACACAUCUAAAUCUUGCCUUGAGGCUCUGGUGGCGCUCAAUGCUAGGAAGGAGCCCAGCGAGCAAAGUAAUCCCACAGAAUCGUCAGCAAUCCACAACGACUGCAUGAAGUACAGCCCCAAGGUGCCCAUAUCCCCACGUAGUCCCAUGAGCCCUCUAGAAGCGGUGAAGCGCCUCAUGAAGCCGCCCGACAGCCCCAUAAGCAUCUGCAGCGACAGCAGCGGCAAGGCUUCCCCUGCGCUGACUUCGGGUUCGCCUCCUGUCAUACCCAAGGUCAGGAUAAAGACCAUAAAGACCACCAGUGGGCAGGUGAAGCGCACCGUUACCAGUGUGCUUCCUGAUUCUGAAACGGACGACGUUCACUCCGCUUACGAGUCCUCUCCGUCGCAGAGUUUAAUGAGCGAGGAUGGUGCUUAUUCACCCCAAAUCCUACAUAGCAAAGAGGAAAAGAGGUUAGAGGUGACAGAAUCUGCAGCAGCCUUUUCAAAUUCACUUUUUAAAAGAUCAGCUGCAGCUCGGACACAUAAGCAGAAGAGAACAUCCUCCACUAAACAUGCAGCCAGCGCUAACUUCCUUCCCAAAGCAGUGCACCUCGCCAGUCUCAACCUUGUCCCUCACAGUGUUGCCGCCUCGGUGACCGCCCGCACCUCCUCGCAUCAACCCAGUCAGCACACCCUCUCCUCAACGGUUUACAGCACCGUCCCUUUGGUGCAUCAGAUCAAAACCUGCCCACGAGCGUCCAUCCCCAAUACAGCAGCAGGGACCUUGAACCGGCUGCUGAAAGACGCCAACCCCGUGCCUACAUACGUGCCCGACCUGAACCCCCCGCCAGGGAGCAACAUUCACCUUCCGCCGCGGGGCUAUUCCUGCCUGGAGUGCGGGGAUUCUUUCGGGCUAGAGCGCAGCCUCGCCUACCAUUACAGCCGCAAGAGUGUCCACAUUGAGGUGGGGUGCACGCUGUGCGCCAAGACAAUGGUGUUCUUCAACAAGUGUGCCUUGCUGGCGCACGCACGUAAGCACAAAAGCAACGGCACGGUCAUGCAGUGCACACAGCUCCACAUGAAACCCAUCGCAGAGGCACACAUGUUUGCACCUCUCAGUACAGAACUGGUCAGAUGGGACUCUCGAUCAUCACCAUCCGGCCCACUUAAGAACCAGCCCGUCAUGCCGCUCUAUCCAGACAAUGUCAGCCACCAUAGACAGCGCUGCUUGGAGUGUAACAAGCCCAUGGCGGACCAAAGAGCCCUGGCUGGCCAUUAUCAGACUCUGUCAGAAGAUAAGAAGGCGUUCAUUUGCAAACUUUGUUCAAUGUUGCUACCUAACAAGUGCAGCCUGAGGGCCCACCAACGCAUCCACACACACAAGUCACCUUACUGCUGCCCCGAGUGCGGCGCCAUGAGUCGCUCUGCAGACAUUCAGAAGCACGUCAGGGAAAACUGUCUCCACUAUGCACGCAAAGCCUGGUACAAAUGUCUUCACUGUGAGGUGGUUUUCAAGACCCUUCAAGGGCAGAAGACUCACAUUGAGGAGAAACACUGUGUGGUCUUACACAAGUGCUCUGCCUGCCCAGUGGCCUUCAAAACCUCCACCAGCUAUGAAGCCCAUUUAAAGAAUAAACACAGCGCUAGCAAACUACCCCCUCAGUUCAACUACAAGUGCUCAUGUGGGAGCAUUUUCCAGAAGAAGUCGUUGCUCUUUCAACAUUUCCAUCAGGAUGCCAACAAGCGUCUCACUUGCGUGUUUAAGUGUCCAGAAUGCAACUCGGUGUUCUCACGAAAGCAGCUGCUAAUGCAACAUUUCAAGAGCGUGCAUGGAGGAGAGGUGAGGCCAGAGUCAGAGGUGAACAGUAAACAAAUAAACAAACGGGAUUUGCACCACGAUGCUGGUCCCAUCAGUUGCCCUGUGAAACGCACUGACAUUCCCCGAAAGAAGGCAGAGAAGGAUGGCGCUCCUCGUGUGAAGCCCUCUGGCUGGACGUGCGGGGAGUGUCUUCAGUGGUUCCCUGAGCGAGACCUCUACAUUUCACAUUUGAAAUCCAAGCACGGAAAGUCCCUGAAGCGCUUCCUCUGUCGACAGUGUGAUCAGUCGUUCAAUUCAAGCACGAGCUUAAGACGACACAUUCGCAGUGACCACGAUGGGAAAAAGAAAAUAUACACUUGCUGGUAUUGCACAGACAGAAAGACAUUUACCAGCAGUGUGAUGCUGAAGAAUCACAUCAGUCUAAUGCAUGGAAUCAAAAAUCCUGACCUGGGCCAAAUGCCGAAUACCUCCACCCAGGACUGCAGGAGUAUUGUGGGCAAGGAUUGUGGACCAUCAAUAGCUGGUGCUCCAGAGGAGGGUGAGGACUUGCCAGCUUCUCUGGAGGCUCCUUCAGCCAAGCGUGUGAAAACACAGUUCCGCUGUUCCAAGUGUGGUUUCUCCACAGACGACAACAUGGAGUUCCGGGAGCACAUAGUUCAGCAUAAAAGUGACGAUAACACUCCUCAGUGCCUUCACUGCGGCCUGUGUUUCGCGUCGCUCUUGUCCCUCAGCAGACACUUGUUCAUCGUUCAUAAAGUCAAAGAUCCAGAGGAAGAGGAGGAACGGGAUAAUCGAGUUGAAGCUGACAAAAAGACAGAGCAUCAUUAUCACUGUGACAACUCGGAGGAUUUAAAUCUUGCUCAGACAUGAAGGCAGUGGAAUCUAUCCAUUGCUGCUUUUCUCUUAGAACUACACUCAACAAAAAUAUAAACGCAACACUUUUUCAAAGAUCAAAAACUUGUUUUAUGUACACAAAAGGCCUUUCUCAAAUAUUGUUCACAAAUCUGUUAUUAAUGUUAGUGCACAUUCAUCAUUCAAUAAUUAUGCCAUAAAAUAAAAUCAUUCAAAUAAUUAUCCACCUCACAGGUGUGGCAUAUCAAGACGCUGAUGAAAUAGCAUGAUUUUUACACAGGUGUGCAUUAGGUUGGCCACAAUAAAAGGCCACUCCAAAAUGUGCAGUUAAACUGUAUUGGGGGUGGUCCGGAGGUGUCAGAAAACAAGUCAGUAGGCUAUGACCACCAUAAACACCGUGUAUACCACCAUAUGCAGCGUUCCCUCGCUACAUCGUGGUUCACCUGUCGCGGACUCGCUGUUUCGCGGAUUUAUUUUGGGUUUUUUUAAAUACAGUGUUCUGCGUCGUCCUCAUUGGCUAAGGGAGAACCCAGGCGUUGUGUUCUCCAUCCUGAUUGUCUUAGGGACUGUAGACCUUUGUCAAUCAAUCUCCUCCGUGCCUUCCUGUGCAGUACAGAAUGCGUUCGGCUUGCCAAAUUUACAUAAAUGUUUGAUCGCUAGUAGUGUGACUCUGAAGUGCUGCAUGUUUUAUGUCUUGUCCCCGACAACACAAACAGUGUUGACGAAACGUUCUACACCGUCAAGGGCACCUGCGGUCGCACCCAAAAUGCAGAGGAGGAUGCUAAUCAUCGUACAAAAAGUUGGACUUCUGGAGGGGGAAAAUACGAUGACAGGAGCAAUAUGUUUUAAGAAGGGUACAAAAACGCUACAGUACAGUGGAACGGCGCCAGGACGGAGAGGCACGGUCAGAGGAGUGAAAUAUGCGUGGGUCACUUAAUAAUUUCUUGUGUUCAACCUCAUAAAUUGAUGAUUAAAAUUUUUAAAAACGAGAGAAAUGUGGGAAAAUGUUAAUGGCUGACUGAGAAAAGUGUAUGGUGAGGCGUUUUAUAGCCUUAAAACAAACUGUAUAGUAAUUGUAAAAAAAAUCAAGUUGGCUACUUCACGGAUUUCACUUAUUGCGGGCUAUUUUUGGGAAACUUAUUCCACGCAAUAAACGAGGGAACACUGUACACCGAUCCAGAGCAUCCGAAACAUGCUCAAUUGGUGACAUGUUUGGUGAGUAUGCUGGCCAUGCACGUACUGGGAUGUUCUCAGUUUCCAGGAGUUGUGUACCGAUCCUUGCAACAUGGGGUUGUGCAUUAUCAUGCUGCAACAUGAGGUGAUGUUUGUGAAUGAAUGACACAACAGUGGGCCUCAGGCUCUUGUCACAUUACAUCUGUGCAUUCAAAAUGCCUUCAAUAUGGUAAAAUGCACCUGUGUUGUGGAUGGAGUGGCCCGUGGUGGCAGUGUGGUUACAGUAUGGGCAGUCGCGUAUGUCAUGGACAACAAAGGUUUGAAGAUAACGAGCACGUUAGGGAUGCUCUGGAUCGGCGUAUAUGCUAUUUGAGGAAAAUGGGGGUCACACCAGAUACUGACUGGUUUUCAGACCUUUCCGGAUCACUCACAAUACAGUUAAACUGCACAUUUUGGAGUGGCCGUUUAUUGUGGCCAACCUAAGGCACACCUGUGCAAUAAUAAUGCUGUCUCAUCAGCAUCUUGAUGUGCCACACCUGUGAGGUGGAUAGAUUAUGAAUGAUGAAUGCUCACUGACAAAUUUGUGAACAAUAUUUCAGAGAGAUAGGUCUUUUGUGUACAAAGCUCAUGAAAAAUGGGAGCAAAAACAAGUGUUGUGUUUAUAUUUUUGUUGAGCGUAACACGCUGCUUGAUGCUCUGCAUGGACAUGACUUACAGGUUUAACAAAAAACAGCAGUAUUUUCAUGUUUUUUUCAUAUUUUAUUUAACUUUGCAUGUCAGGUAUUGUAUUCGUUGUGCCUCUGAUUGUGGCACUCACAUUAGAGGAGAUGUUUUACUCUUGUUUUUACAACUAUUCCAACCACCCUGAGUGGAGGGCAACACAAAUGUGCAGGUACAGAUUGUCAGUAACAGGGACUUUCACUUUUGUAAUCCACAACAAUUUAGCUGCUUAAAUAACAGCAUUAAUGUCAUGCAAUAUCCCACGAAUGGGAUUCUGGAUGCUGUUUUUUAAACACAACAUUAAUUUAAAAGCAGUUCUUUAACACGAAAGAACAUUAAAGCCUGCUAAAGUUAAGCUGCAGUUCACCAUUUGAGCAUCUUAUGCUUUUACUGUUUUUUUUUUUUAAUGAAUGAUCAUUAAGGGCGAGCAGCAGAUCAGCAUAAUUGUUAAUAAGUGUGUUUAUGUUAUGUCAAAUCAAGGUACAUAGUUUUGGUUAAUCAAAAAGCAUGCUGGGAUUGGGAAAUUAAUGUUUUAUACAAAGGAGGCAAGUAGAAGGGACUGACCUGUAAAGCUGCACUUUUUUUGCCUUGAAAGUGUGACAGUAACUACCUCUAUGGUAACUGGCAGUGAUUGUUCAAUGUACAGAGGCUUCUCCGUGCAAUGCAGAAUGUGCAUUAUUCCUCUAUCGAAUUUUAUAAAUUACAGUCGGGAAUGAUAUUGACACUACCAAGUCAUAUUGACUUAACUGGAAAGUGAUCUUUUUUGUGCUGUACGAAAUGUUCAUUUUCUACUUUACAUCCUCAGCCAACGUGCAUGGUUUUGGUGCAUCGUGCUCAUUGUGAAGGAUAUUUCUACUUUUGAUAGCCUGUACAGUCACAACUUGUAUACCUGUGAGCAGUGCAUUUCUGAAGCUGUAACAACCAUCUAUCUAGCAUGCAGUGGCCCAUGUGCCUUGCUGUUAUGUUUACCUAAAGUACAUACAAAUA